GUGCCAAACUUGGACCGCGAGAAGAAGUGGCAGUUCACGCCCGUCGCCAACAUCAAGGUGGGCAGUCUCGUCACUGGGGGCGACGUCGUGGGCAUCGUGAGGGAGAACGGCCUGUUCAAGGACAUCCCGAACACAAGAUCAUGGUGCCGCCCAACGUCCAGGGCAAGGUCAAGAAGCAACUGCCCGCAGGCUCCUACGUGAUCGAGACGGCGGUGCUGGAGGUCGAGGACGCCGGCAAGACGACCAACGUCACGCUGUUCCAGAGGUGGCCCGUCCGCGAGGGGCGCCCGGUGGUCGACAAGCUGCCGGGCAAGGAGGCGCUGCUGACCUACGAGCGCGUGAUCGACGCGCUCUUCCCCGUCACGCUGGAGGCGGCACUGCGGCUGUCCCGGGCGCGUUCGGCUGCGGCAAGACCGUCAUCUCCCAGGCCCUCUCCAAGUACUCGAACUCCGACGUCGUGGUGUAUGUCGGCUGCGGCGAGCGUGGCAACGAGAUGGCCGAGGUGCUCAGCGACUUCCCCGAGCUGACCACCAUGAUCGACGGCAAGGAGGAGGAACAUCAUGCAGCGCACCACGCUGGUGGCCAACACCUCCAACAUGCCGGUGGCUGCACGGGAGGCGUCCAUCUACACGGGCGUGACCACCGCAGAGUACUUCCGCGACAUGGGC